AAAAAAAAACAAAAAAAAAAAAAACAACAACAACAAAAUACAAAAAAUAAAACAAAGACCGAUGGACUGAGUGCCAACGCCGAUUUAUUGGGAUUCUAACCAAGAUGGCUUCAAAAGUUAGCCCAGUCACACCAACACACAUUAAUACCAAACUAACCGAUACAAUAGUUGAAAUUAAUGAAAACAGUAGAACUGGUAUUAUUAACGAGGUUUUACAAGAUGAUGUUUUUUCUGACGGCAUAAAAAGUGAGUUUACUGAAGAAAUUGUUAAGCAAAGGUUACAAAAUGACUCUAUUCCAAGUGUGGGGGAUGAUCACACUAGUCAAAAGAGUAACGUGUUUCGCAAAAAAAGUGUUUUAAAAAGAAUUGACUCAAAUAAACCAAAACCAGUUUUUCAAAAAAGAGUUUCAUUUUCAUCAGCUGAAGAAACUAAAAGAAGAAUUUCUAAUGCUACUGAUUGUUUUACAUAUAUGCAAAUGGGUACAGAGUUUUUAAAGCUCAGGCUUGGUAGAGAAUAUCAGAGAAAGUAUCAUCUUGAUCAUGACUUCGAAUGUUUGCAUUGGAGACCUUCUUCCAAAAGACCAGAUAAAGCUGUUUUACCAGUGGAAGCAUUACAUGAAGUUCGUGCUGGAAAAAAUACAACAAUUUUUAAAGAGCAAGGUAGUGCAUAUUCUGAGGAUUGUUGUUUUUCAUUGAUUUGUGGACCAAACUAUGAUUCUGUAGAUCUUGUGGCAAAGACCUCUGAGGAAGCAAGUAUUUGGAUUACUGGCUUGAGAUUACUUUUGACCCAUGCAGACCAACAUAAUGAGGAGGAGGAAGACAAUGGUGAUAUGCGAGAAAGGUGGCUGAGGCAUAAUUUUCGUUUACUUGAUAAAGAAAAAGUAGGUGUAUUGAGUGAGUCUAGUAUUAUGACUUUGUUGAAGAAGCUACGAGUUAAUGUACCAGAGCACAUUGUUAAACAUAAACUGCAAGAAGUUCAUUUACAAUCUGUUACUGCAUCGCUGCUUUGCGAUAAUGCAGAAAAUUUCUUAAGCGAGAAUGACUUCUGUAAAUUCUUUAUUGAAUUAACAACUCGACAAGAAAUAUAUUUCUUACUUGUAAAGUACUCAAGUAAUGGUUCCUAUCUAACUAAAGAAGAUUUGAUGAUUUUUUUGGAAACUGAGCAAGGGCUUAUUUCAGCUUCUCUGGAACAAUCAUUAGACAUUAUUAAUCGGUGUGAACCAACUGAAGAGGGUCGUAAAAAGCAAAUAUUAGGUCUUGAUGGUUUAACAGAAUAUUUUUUUGAAGAAGAUUGCAAUAUAUUCAAAGCAGAACAUGAAAGUGUUUGUGAGGAUAUGAAAAAACCACUGUCACAUUAUUUUAUUGCUGCUUCUAAUAACACAUACCUUAUAGAGGAUCAGCUGACAGGUAAAUCUAGUGUUGAAGGGUUCGUCUCUUGUUUGCAGAGAGGUUGUAGGUAUAUUGAAUUAGAGUGUUACGAUGGAGAUGAAGGAGAGCCUAAUAUAUACCAUGGAAAUAAUUGUACUCUAAAGCUACCUUUUCUUGAUACUAUCAAAGUUAUUGCAGAGAAUGCAUUCUACUCAACUGAUUAUCCCCUUAUAUUGUCAAUUGAAAAUCAUUGUUCAACAAAACAGCAACUUGUUAUGGCACAACAUCUAAAAAUGGUUUUUAGAGAUUGUUUAUAUGAUAUCCCAGCAGAUGAACAAUAUAUACACUUGCCAUCACCACAUUUUCUAAGAGGAAAAGUAAUAAUUAAAAGCAAAAAGCUUGCAUUCAAAUCUUCAGAGUCAAUAUCUAGUAAUGGAGAUGUAAGUGAAGAAGAAGAAGAAAAAGAAAUUUGUUCUGGAGAUGUUACUGAAUUGGUUGACAAUGAGGUCAAUCAUGGGACUGGAACUGACAAUGAUGCCUUCCAAAAAAUUCCCAUGACAACCAUUAAAUCUUCACAGUUAAAUGCUUCAAAUUCUCCUGAAGAAUCAAAAAAUGUAAAGACAAUAAAACUUGCAAAGGAAUUCUCUGAUCUUGUUGUAUUAUGUAAAUUAGUGCGUUUUCAAAACUUUACUUUUUCUUCUGAACAGCAAAAAUAUUGGGAAAUGUGUUCAUUCUCUGAAAACACAGCAAGAGAACUAUGUAGGAUUUUUCCAGAAGAAUUGGUUAUUCACAACAAAAAGUUUUUAAGUCAUGUGUAUCCAAACAAUGUGCGAUUAGAUUCAAGCAAUUUCAAUCCUGUUGAGUUUUGGGCUUGUGGGUGUCAACUAGUUGCUAUGAACUAUCAAUAUGCUGGAAUUGCAAUGGAUAUUAAUCGAGGCUUUUUUUUAAAAAAUGGUGGAUGUGGUUAUGUUUUAAAACCUUCUGUAAUGAGAGAAGAAGUUUCAUAUUUUAAUUCAAACAUGAAACAGGAGAUACCUGGUGUAUGUCCUGUCACUCUCACUAUAAAGGUGAUAAGUGGCUAUCAGUUGCCCAAGCCGCGAGGUUCAGCAUCAAAAGCAGAUACUGUUGAUCCAUAUGUUGUAAUUGAGAUGUUUGGUUUGCCUGCAGACUAUCGCUUUGAACGAACAAAAACAAUUUCAAAUAAUGGCUUUAAUCCUGUAUUUGAUGAAACUUUUGAAUUUCGUGUUUUAUUACCUGAACUCGCUCUCCUGCGUUUUUUUGUUUUGGAUGAUGAUCAUAUUGGUGAUUGCUUUAUUGGACAGUACACUAUUCCUCUUGAUUGUGUUAGACAAGGUUAUAGAACAGUGUACUUACUAUCUAGUGUUGGAGAAAAAAUCGAUAAAGCAUCAUUGUUUGUUCAUGUGUCAAUUUCUAGACAGUUUGAGACAAAUUCUAAGAAAGGAUUUGGUAUGAAGAAAAAAAAAGAUUCUACAACUUUAAAACAUAUUGGUAUGAAGUUUAUUGAUGAUACAUUUAAGCAAUCUUUGCAACCAUUACGUGAAGCUGCAGUUCUUCGCGAUAAUUUUCAAACUAGUCUUGCUUUAUUUCAGGAGAGUUGUGGAUGCGCUCGCACAAGCGUUAAACAAUGUGUAAGAAUACUUGCUCAGCGCAUUGGUACUACCAAUGAAAGAAAUUUGCCAAAAGGUUUAACUGUAAAAAUUACAGGAGAGAAAUUACCUGUGCUAACUGUUGAAGGAGAAAUUCCUCAUGUGUUGCAAAAAAUGAUUGAAUCAUUUGAAGAAUUUCUUUGUGAAUGCUCCAAUAUGAGUCUUCAUGCAGCUGAUCUAUAUGAAAGAUUGACCCAUGCAAGAAGGUCAGCAUUGGAGUGGCAUGAUGAUCUUACAAAAAAAUCGAAUAAGGAUAGUGGCAAAGGCAAAAGCAAUUUAAAGGUUAUUGAGAGUUUUUCUUGGAACGUGAAAGUUCUUAGUGGUCAAGCUGAUCUAUUAAAAGCUGCUAUAACACAAUGCGAAGAGUGUAAAAAACAAAUUAUCGAUGUUGCAAGCACUUGCGGUUUUUCUCCACCAAAAGAACAAGAAAGCUGAUGAUCUUUUUCAAUAUUAUAUUAUUGAUAGCACAGUGGUUUCUCUGUUGAUCAAUUAGAGGAUUUCUAAUUAUAACGUACGUUUUGCCCAGCGGUUUCUGUACCUUAUAAACGUCAAAAUACAUCAUAAAGACUCUCCUCGUUUUACAGGUUCUAUAGGGCUUUGUAGUCGAGAAUUAAUUUAGAAGUAAGAAAUUUACAAAUGAAAUUCAUACAAAAGUGCUCUUUAUGUUCAUACUACGUUUAAACCUGCAUUUUAAUUCGGUAGAUAUGAAAAUGAUGCUACAGUGAAUAAUUUUUUUUUGAAUUGCAUUAUCAUUAGGAGGGCGAGUGUUGAAUACUAUUUUGGGGAAAAGGGAUGGGUAGAAUCAAAUAUAAACAGUUAGUUGAUGUCAAAUUUAAAAUUUUUCAUAUAAAAUAAAUUGUGUUUAUUUUGUACGAUAUUUAAAUAUAAUGAAAUUUGUAUAAUGAUCCAUUGCACGUAAUUUUCGUAAAAUUGAAAUUUUGAUUUUGUUAAUAGCAAUCCGUGAUAAUCUUA